AUGCAUCCGGAUACGGAUAGCAUAUUGGAUGAUCCGGAAAUGACUGUUGGUGACGGUGUAAAUACUUACAAGAAAACCCUCAUAAAUCACAUCAUCGCUUGCUUUCCUCUCGGUCCAUCUGCUUUCCUAGUUGACUCGCCGUUUCCCUGCAACAACAUUUGGAUGAAUUUAGCAAUUAACCAUUACAACGCUCAUCUACUCGACUAUGGCAAACAAACAUCUCAGUAUAAUCUCACAGAAGCGCUUCUCUUUCUUUCUCAUUUCAUGGGAGAUAUUCAUCAGGAUUCACUUCGGAUAGAAGUGGGAACACGAUUAAUGUUCAUUGGUUCACAAGAAAAUCAGAACUUCAUCAUGUUUGGGAUGACACAUAAUUGA